AUGGAACAGUACACAUCAUACAUAGGAUGUGAGACUUCUAAAGUGCCUUUAUCUGAUAUUGCUCAGAGGAUUAUGACAGCUUUGCAGUCUAUUCCUGUAGGAGAAGUUCAGACUAGCAGAAAGAAUAACCAGAGUAUAGAGACAACAAAGGACAGUAAACUAGGUGAUAAGGAUGCACAUCUGAAAAAUAAAAAGGCAAGCAUACUGUAAGAUUGAAGACCACUAAAAAUUCAUGAAUCUGCAAUUGCCUUAUUAAAAACAUCUGCCAGCCCUGAAAAAAGUACUGCUGGUCAGGUAGUCAGGACAGUACAUACUGAUGAAUUGAUUUGUUGUCAAGAUACCAAAAUGGUGAGCUAUUACCAGGAUGUAGACUUGCCAACAUGGGGAUAUAGAGAAAGAAAUCUUUCAGUAGAAGCAAAAAAUGUGAAGGAUGGUGAAAAGAAUAUAGCUAUUCCCCUUAAAAGAAAGCAAGAUGUGCCUAUGUGUUGUUCAGAGAAAACAAGAAGAUUACAUGGAAAGACCUAUACUUCUUCACAUGAAAGACGAUACAACUGUACUUCUGGACAAACAGCAUUUUCUAAUAAUUAUCCUUGUGAUAUCAGGAGUUUGGGAUGUGAGGAAAAAAGAGAAUUGCUUGCAACUAUAGAACAGGCAGUGGCUUUUGUAACUACUAUGAUAUUUCAAGAUGGUUCUUCACAGCUCAACUCGGAGCAGGUCUUAACCUCAUCAGUAAAAGGAGUUGUUGUGUUAGUGAAGAGUCAGACUAGUCACCCUUGCCAUCCCAGUUACUCUUCGACUGACUAUACUUGGAAUGCUGCUAAUGAAAACGAUAAAUUAAUUUAUUUAAAAACUGAAUGGUCGUCUCUCUGGGAACAAGAACAACAGGCUCACAAGAGAUUUGCUUGGCAAGUGUUGUUUCAAGUGCUACAUUGCAAAGUUCCGAUUAUUUGCUUUAAUGCAAAAGAUUUCCUGAGGACUGUACUUCAAGUUUAUGGUAAUGAAAUUAGCUGGAAACAAGUUGCUGAUAGUGUCGUGUUAGAUCCAAGGAUUGCAGCGUGGCUGAUAAACCCCAGCGACACAGUUCCCUCCUUUGAGUGUUUAAUACAGAAGUAUUUUGGAAAGCCUUUUUCUAUGGGAACAGUAAAUACAGAUGCAGGCACUUUGAGAAACGGAUCAUAUCAAAACUUAGGUGUGGACUUGGAGAAACUUUAUAAUGUAAUGAUGGACCUUGCUCAUGACUUACAGGUUCAAGGUUUGUGGAAGUUAUUUUGCACAUUAGAGCUUCCACUUAUCAAAAUUCUGGCAGUGAUGGAAACACACAAAAUACAUGUGAACAAACAAGAACUGAAAAAAACAUCAGAGAUUCUGGGGUUGCGACUCAAAGAGCUUGAACAGGAAGCUCAUCAAGUUGCUGGAGAACAAUUCCUUUUGACCAGUAGUAGUCAACUCAGAGAGGUACUAUUUGAAAAGUUAAAACUGCAUGUACUGUGUGAGAAAGUUCACAGAACUGAAAUACAACAACUUGUGUCUACCUCAGAAGUUGUGCUAAAUAAGUUGCAAGAUCUUCAUCCUUUGCCUAAGAUAAUUUUAGAAUACCGUCAGGUUCAUAAGAUGAAAUCAACUUAUGUGGAUGGACUACGAACAUGCAUGAGAAAGGGAUUUAUUUCCCCUACAUGCAACCAGACAGGAACUGUGACUGGCAGACUUUCAGCUAAACAUCCAAACAUUCAAGGUAUCUCUAAACAUCCAAUUAGAAUUGCGAAGAAACAGUACAUAAAAGGAAGAGACGAGGAAAUAGUAACUAUUUCCCCAAGAACAUUGUUUGUUUCAAAAGAAGGAUAUACCUUUUUAGCAGCAGAUUUUUCCCAUAUUGAGUUAAGGAUCCUUGCUGACUUAUCAUCUGAACCAGAACUUUUGAAACUGUUCCAAGAACCUGAAACCACUGAUAUCUUUUCCACUCUGGCUUCUCAGUGGAAGGGAAUUCCGAGUGAACAAGUGAAACAUGCUGAUAGAGAGCAAGCAAAGCGUAUAGUUUACUCAGUGAUUUAUGGAGCAGGUAAAGAACGUCUCGCUGACUGCCUGGGAAUUACUUCUCUUCAUGCCAGUCAAUUUAUAGACAGUUUUAUGCAAAAAUAUAAGAAACUACAUGAAUUUACAAAGAAAACCAUUGAGCAAUGCCGAAACAAAGGUUAUGUGGUUUCCAUAAUGGGACGUAAAAGACCACUGGCUAAUAUCAAUGCGCAGGAUUACAAACUACGCACUCAAGCAGAGAGGCAGGCUGUCAAUUUUGUUGUUCAAGGAUCUGCAGCUGAUCUUUGUAAAAUGGCUAUGGUAGAGAUUUUUACCUCUGUUGUCAUUUCUCCAACUUUAACAGCCAGGUUAAUUGCCCAGAUUCAUGACGAGUUGUUGUUUGAAGUAGAAGAUUCUCAAAUCCAGGAAUUUUCAGUAUUGGUAAAAAGAACAAUGGAGUCCCUGCAGCAAACCACAGCCUUGGAAGUGCCACUAAAGGUUCCCUUGAAAGUGAUUCUUACCACUGGGAAAUCAUGGGGGUGUAUGACAGAAUUGCAGGAGAUGUAA